AUGUCAUUCUUCAUUCGAUCUCUACCACGAUUACCAAAAACUUAUAAUCGCACCGUCUUUUGUCAAUCUAUUAAUAAAAGAGCUUUUCAUCAAUCUUUCGCAAAUAUGGGUGUUCACAAUAUCGCAACCGCAGCUGAUUUCAAGUCUGCCCUUGCCGACAACCAAGUCGUUGUUCUCGAUGCUUUUGCAGUCUGGUGUGGACCUUGCAAGGCCAUCGCUCCUAAAGUUGCUCAGCUCUCGAAUGACUACCCCGCCGCCCAUUUCAUCAAAAUCGAUGUCGAUGAGUUGCCAGAGGUAUCACAAGAGCUUGGUAUCAGAGCCAUGCCUACCUUUAUAAUUUUCAAGGGAGAGCAAAAGAUCGCAGAGGUUGUAGGUGCUAACCCUGCUGCGUUGGAAAGCGCUAUCAAGAGUGCUGUUGAAGGGGUUGAGCCUAAGGCUUAGUGGGGGUUUCGAUGAUUAGGGGGUGAGGGGAUGGGAUAGAAGAUUGAAACGAGUAUUAUACACAUGGAUAGAGCAGAGUGUCUAAGGGGACAACACCGCGUGGUGUUUUGGGUUCUGGUAUGUGGAGGUUAGGAAAUGAACGUAUGAAUUGAUGGUUUAGAAAUAUGUGAUUUGGAUCCAUGAAUCUUCUUGUGAAUGGACUUUGAAUGAUUGGGAUAAUCUCACUCUGCUUUCGCGUACUCUUCAUUAUAUUGUGAGAUCCCUGACUAAUAUUAAUCAAACGGGAAGUUUCCCUUACCUAGGAGAAGGAACGCGCAACCACUUUGAAAAGUUAUAUCGAAAAUGUCUGAAUUCUUUUCGCGUUGAUGCAAAGGACCCAGGCAUUUUUAUAACUACAUAUCAUGCAUUGUCAUUCGUCUUAUGGUUGUUACCCGAGUUGCCUAUCUCGACCUGUUAGUAGAAUGUACAAGCUGCUCAUUUAACUCGGCAGGUUGAAAUGAAUUGACGGAUCUCGACCUUGACCUCGACCUAGAUGGACAACGCUUUACGGUUCAGGUGGAUAGGAGUGGAAACUUGGAUGUGUGUUUCAACGCAUGUGUUUUUUUCUGGCUGGAUUAAUGGUCGGCUGGUUGGUUGUUGGUUGUUGGUUGUUGGAUGCUGGUAAAUGAGAGGAGGGGAGAGAGAGAAAGAUGGGUAAAGAGAGGGGGCUUGGUGAUUGGUGGUUGGUGUGUUUUGAGAUUGAGCUAGAAUUUCACGGAAAGCGGUACAGUAGGUUUGAUUCCUGGGUUGAGAUGAAAGAUAUUAGGUAGGUUUGAAGAUCUGGCUUUCUGUGUUCUGUAUCGAGACGUUGAUGGCCUGGUAGGUCGGCCCAAAUUGUGGUGGUGGUGUGGUGUGGUGUGGUGUGGUACGGUGCUUGGUGUAAGGGGCUGCCUGCCUAGGUUGUGUGAGAGGGGAAAUAUAUAAAUAUGGAUAUGCAGAUACCCCUUCCUCUUGAUUUUCAAGAUGUAUGCAUCUUCUCUUCUCAUUUUGAGACUUUUCAUCUCAGUGGUCUUGUACUUGUUCUUUCUCUUGCCAUGUUUCAUAUAAUGCACUAAUAAUUGUCUACUUGAGUUAACAAUUCUCCGUCGCGUUCUUCUUCGUAUUGAUUCCUUUACUUGCUUUGAGGAGAUGGUAUUUUUUUCUUUUCCAUUCGAUGGUCAUUCUGGAUAUCUUUGCAGGGGGCUCAUCUCGAAUAAUAUGACGUUUGGUUCUUUCUUUUUACGUAUAGUAUCAUUAGUAUAGUUGUUGAGGAUAUGAGUAAUAUGUAAUAUCUAUAAUAAAUACUAGAAAUAGUAAGAGUUCUAGAACAUCCUCAUCGUACAGAUCUCGAUUUCCCCGCUAAAACCAUUAAUUUUUCAGCU